ACUAUUCGCGGCUGCGGUUGCUGGACCUUGCGGUUGUGGCGUGGCCGCGCCCACAAGACGGGAUCUUUUCCUCCCGGGGCUCCCCGACUCCGACGUGUUCCAUGUCGUAUCCGACCGAAUUGGUUCUCCAAGAUUUUUUCCCCACCUUCGUUGUCCUCCCCGCUGUUGGUUGGUGCCGGGUUUUCUUGGCGAGCGGCGGAGCCACAGAAAUGGAGGGCAAGAGCGGCGCCUAAUUUUAGCGGCGGGGAGGGGAGCGAAGCCUGGGCAGCCACUCGCCGGCCUCCAAGAAACCGCAGGGAUCUGUUCAUCUGAGUGCCGCUGAAUUCGAUUCCUUUCUUUUCUACUUUCUUGGAACCAAUUGGAUUUGGUUUAGGGAGAAGGAAGAGGAGGAUGCAGUGGGCUGGUGUGAGGUCCUCGUUUCCGGCGCCGACGGCGGCGUGGAUGGGGCGGAGGCCAAGGACCGCGAGGUGGCCGCGGGGUAGGCUCCCCGCGGCGCGGGGGGCGGUUGUGGCGUCUGCAGCGGCCUCGGACGCGAAUUCGAGCUCGAAUUCGCCUGGGAAGGACGAGGAGAGGGAGGAGGUGGCGCGGAGGGAGGAGGAGGAGAAGGCGGCGGCGUCGCUCAUAAUGAGGAGCCAGAAGUACGCCAUGCUUAAGCAGCAGCUCGCCGUGGCAGCCCAAUUCGAGGAUUACAAGGAAGCAGCAAGGUUGAGGGACUCGCUGAGGUCGUUCGAGGAGGAGGAGCCCGUGCUGCGCCUCCGCGGGUUGAUGAGGAAGGCCAUCGAGGAGGAGAGGUUUGAGGAUGCUGCUAAAUAUAGAGAUGAAUUAAAAAUUUUGGCUCCACACUCCCUCCUCAAAUGUUCUAGUGACGCUACAACUCUGGGGAUAAGGGUUCAAGUCAGGAGCGUCUAUAUUGAAAGCCGGAGCCAGCCAUUGAAGGGCCAAUUCUUUUUUGCUUAUAGGAUCAGAAUCACAAAUAAUUCUCAGCGCCCUGUUCAGCUUCUCAGAAGACAUUGGAUUGUCACAGAUGGAAAUGGAAGGACGGAGAAUAUUUGGGGAGUUGGUGUAGUGGGAGAGCAGCCUGUCAUAUUUCCAAGGACUGGUUUUGAGUACUCUUCUGCGUGCCCAUUGAGCACUCCAAAUGGAAGAAUGGUAACGUUACAGUUCUUCCGUUCUGCACAGAUUUUCAACAACAAUUUCCUGUUUUACUUUAGCAUUGCCUUUUUCCUGUACAAAAGGAAUGCACUGGGGUGUGAUGUAAAAAAAAGGGGGAUAUUUCAUUUAAAGUAAAUUUUCUUUAAAGCUUUUCAGCCGCAUGGGAUCUGCCUUGGCAUAUCUGCCAACUGCCACUGGUGCUUACCUUAACCCCAUUUUGAAUUGUAGGAAGGCGAUUUCGAGAUGAAGCACAUUGACAAGGCUGGAUCGUCGACGUUCAAUGUCGCAAUCGCACCAUUCUCUCUAUCAAUUCUUGGGGACGACAAUGACGUUCUCCUCUGAACGUGAUUGGACAUGAUACUGAGAUUUAAAGUAGACACACGAGCCCAAGUAGUUGCUGUUAGCAAUAUAGUUGAGUGCGGUGUUCAGGUUUCAAAGUUCUGAAGCCAAAUGCCCUGGCACAAGUGCAUGGAAUGUUUGCGUGUGGACCUUGUGUCCUUGUAUUGAGGCAACACUAGGACAUCCUAUCUUUGGAACUUCCAAGUGUACAGGAUAGAACUAUAGAGCUUGCUAUCGUGUAAUGCGCUCUCUUGUAUGACUUCCGAUCUUUGAUAUGACAUAUCCUUUUUGGAUGCGACUUCCGAUC